UUAUUGGGCUCAAAGUCAAGCCUCAUCGCCUCUCUCUUUUUUUUGAAGCGGCUGAAAAGAAGGGCACGCCCUUUUGGACUAUCCCCGGGUAAUAGACGUUCAUGGUCUCUCUGCACUGCGUCUUCCUCUCGGCAAGCAAGCUGUCUGAAGUACUCCACUGGAAGUAGCUAUGCUACCCACUGGAGCUCGAGAUAAUCAACUCCGUGAGAGCAACAGCCAGAAGGUUCAUCCUCAACCCAUGGACGAGUCCAGGAGUCCGAACCCAGAAGCCAUAGAAGCCAUCAUUUCUAAAAUAUUCACCAAUGUCUCCUCCUUGAAGUCUGCUUACAUACAGCUUCAAGCCGCUCAUACUCCGUAUGAUCCAGAUAAGAUCCAAGCUGCCGAUAAACUUGUGGUUUCAGAGCUGAAGAACCUGUCCGAACUCAAGCAUUCUUACCGGGAGAACAACCCUAAACCAGUGUGCAUCUCGCCUCAGGACUCUCGCUUAGCUGCUGAGAUCCAAGAACAGCAGAGCCUUCUGAAGACGUAUGAGGUAAUGGUCAAGAAGUUCCAGUCGGAAAUUCAUAAUAAGGACUCAGAGCUUAAUCUAUUGCAGCAGCAAAUUGAAGAAGCAGAUGUGAAGAAGGCAAAACUUGAAAAGAAUCUUAAGCUUAGGGGCUUGUCAAGCAAAGAAUCGGAUGAUUUAGGGCAUGAGAAUGGAUUCUUCCCUGUUGAUCUUACCCCUGAUCUGUUCAUCUCAACUGUUGAAGCCACUUACCAAGCCAUUCAUGACUUCUCAAAGCCCUUGAUCAAUAUGAUGAAAGCGGCUGGUUGGGACCUUGAUGCUGCUGCUAUUUCCAUUGAACCUGACGUUGUUUAUGCAAAGCGUGCUCACAAGAAGUAUGCAUUUGAGUCCCAUAUAUGUCAAAGAAUGUUCGGUGCUUUUCAAGAGGAAAGCUUUGGAAUAGAGUCGGAUACUCUUGCUGUAAAUAAAGAAAGCUUUUUCCAUCAAUUCUUGGCCUUGAAGGAGAUGGAUCCAUUGGACAUGUUAGGCCAGAACCCAGACUCGAUCUUUGGGAAAUUUUGUCGGAGCAAGUAUCUUUUGGUUGUUCACCCCAAGAUGGAGGCUUCAUUCUUUGGGAACUUGGAUCAGCGGAAUUUUGUAACUGGUGGUGGGCAUCCUCGGACUCCAUUCUAUCAAGUAUUUCUAAAACUGGCGAAGUCGAUAUGGCUUUUGCAUAGGCUGGCUUAUUCUUUUGAUCCUAGCAUCAAAGUUUUCCAGGUCAAGAGUGGGAGCGAGUACUCUGAGGUUUAUAUGGAAAGUGUGGUGAAGAAUUGGGUGACGAUUGAGGGUGACGAAAAACCUAAGGUUGGUUUGAUGGUCAUGCCAGGUUUUUUGAUUGAUGGCGAUGUAGUCCAGAGUAAAGUCUACCUCUCGGGUGUGAAGGUUGUUGAGUAGUUGCCAAUUGCAUGGUUUGUCCAUUUUUCUGGGAUGUGUAUAUUUCUGUCUCCACCGUGUGUUGUUUAGGGGUUGUGGUUGCUGUUGUAUCUGUGUCCUCUUUAACUGCCAAGUGUAGUUGCAAGUUCAAUGAAAUCUCUCUUUCUAUCUCUUUCUCUUAAUGGAUGAUUGUUACCAGUUCUGCA